UUCAAACAUGGCGGCUCCCAUUGCGCCCUUGGUUUCCUUGAGCUGUUUGUGGGCGACUUACCGGGGCUGCCGAAGACUACGGUACGGUGCCCACCUGGGGAGGCUGCCAGGGCUCACCGUACCCUGUCUGCGGAGUCCGGCGGCAGCAUCUGUAAGCCAAUUGGCUGAGAGUUCACUUACAAGUUAUGAAACAAAGACAUAUUCUAAAGAACUUAUUGACUGCAAUGGGCUUCUUCAGCACUAUGACAUUUUAGUCAAGGAUUGUGUUCUAAGGAAGGAUGACCAUCAACGAAGGGUAAUGCAGCACUUACAAAGUCUACAUGAAGAACUCCGGGGAUACAAGAAAGAGUCUAAGGGCAUUUUUACAACGUUUUUUACACAAAAGAAACCUCCUAGAGGACUUUAUGUUUUUGGAGAUGUUGGUACUGGCAAGACUAUGGUUAUGGACAUGUUUUUUUCACAUGUUGAAGUGGAAAAGAAAAAGCGAGUUCACUUCCAUGGGUUUAUGCUUGAUGUGCAUGAAAGAAUACAUCGCCUUAAGAAAAGUUUACCACAAAGGAAAGCGGGAUUUAUGGCCAAGACCUAUGACCCUAUUGCCCCUAUAGCUGAAGAAAUAAGUGAAGAAGCCUGUUUGUUGUGUUUCGAUGAGUUCCAGGUGACUGAUAUAGCAGAUGCAAUGAUACUAAAACAACUGUUUGAAAACCUGUUUCGAAAUGGAGUAGUUGUUGUAUCAACAUCUAACAGACCACCAGAAGAUCUCUAUAAAAAUGGACUUCAGAGGGCUAAUUUUGUUCCAUUUAUUGCUGUCCUAAAGACUUACUGCAACACUGUUCGGCUAGACUCUGGUAUAGACUAUCGGAAACGGGUACUCGCUGCAGCUGGUAAAAUAUUCUUCCUCACAAGUGAAGCUGAUGUGGAGGCUGUCAUGGAUAAGUUGUUUGAUGAGCUGGCUCAGAAACAAAAUGAUGUAACAAGACCAAGGAUUCUGAAAGUGCAGGGCAGGGAGCUGAAGCUGAGCAAAGCCUGUGGAUCCAUUGCUGACUGCACACUUGAGGAACUCUGUGACCGUCCUUUAGGAGCCAGUGACUACCUGGAAAUGUGCAAGAAAUUUGACACCGUAUUCAUCAGAAGAAUUCCACAUCUAGACAUGUCAAGGCGCUCAGAAGCUCGUCGUUUCAUUACUCUAAUUGAUGCCUUCUAUGAUCACAAGGUGCGUGUUGUUUGCUCCGCUGACAUUCCUUUGCAAAGCUUGUUCAUGCAAAAGCUUAAGGAUGCAGACGAUGCAGAAUCCAGAAUUCUUCUAGAUGAUCUUGAAUUAAGCCAGGAAGCAUCUGCAGGAUUGUCAGUUUUUACAGGUGAAGAAGAAGUCUUUGCAUUGCAGCGUACAUUAUCUCGACUUACGGAGAUGCAGACUGAACAGUAUUGGAGGGAUGGGGACAGAAGUCAAAAUUAAUUACGACGACGUGUCAAGGCAAUGCGAUAAAUGCACAGUACAUCACAAAUGGCAUUUCUCUAGAAGUGUACAUGUUUGCUAAAAUUGCACAACAGCCUCAGGACCAUUAUUUUAUGUUACUGUUUAAAUGUGUUCCUAUUUGCUGCGUUCUGCUAGCUCUGCUAUGCUCUGGGCUGUAAUUGAGCAGCUCACAUAUUGAAAUGGUUCCAUGUGUGGCAUCACACAAGGCACAGAGAUGGCCAGUGUUAUUUUACUAUUUAUCAUAUGUGCCAUUUAUGUGAUCAUAAAUCACAUCAGUGUAGAAAUGAUUGGGGAUGAUUCUUAGAGACAAAUGCAGAGUACCUGAGUUUAAUGCAAUCAGCAAAAGCUCCUCUAUUUAAUGUUGAAGUGUUCAGAAUGAGAGGUAUUCACACAGUAUGUACUUUAAUAUACGUAUAUGUGUGUCACAAUAUUUGUUUGCUUACAUUUGACACUGUAUUGAGAGGUGCUAUCCGUGAGAAUGUAACAAAUACAUUCACUGCCAAAGUGAAGAAAAAACUUAGCUUUAAUACAUGUGGCUAUGCAUUACUGCAGGACAGUAUACUGCAAGUAUUUUUUACUAUAUUACAGCAGUGCUUCAGUUUGUGU